AUAAAAGUAACACCAGUAGUGAAAGGCUGAAAGCAAACAGAGUGACGGAGAGUGAGCAUGGCUCCAAAGUGCAACACUCUACCCUGUACAAUCCCUUCUCUUUUGCUCUCAUUUUCCAUUCUCUGUGUUCUACCAAUCUCCCUCUUCUUUCUCUUCUACAUAACCCAUCAACAAUCCUCUACUACACUUUCAUCUCUCAUUUCCUCUCAUAAAAUCUCCCAAAAUCCCAACCGAUCCAUUAGAGUCUACGUUGCAGAUCUCCCAAGGUCGCUUAAUUAUGGCUUGUUAGACAAAUACUGGUCCUUGAAAGGUGAUUCCAGACUGGGCAGCGAUGUUGACAAUGAAUUGCGUUCUGAGCUUUCUUCGAAAGAGAAGCUUGCAUUUCCUCCAUAUCCAGAGAACCCAUUGGUCAAGCAGUACAGUGCUGAGUACUGGAUCUUGGGCGAUCUGAUGACCCCAGAGGAAUUGAGAGGAGGGUCGUAUGCCAAACGGGUUUUUUAUGUGGAGGAAGCUGAUGUCAUAUUUGUGCCGUUCUUUGCGACUCUUAGUGCUGAAAUACAAUUGGGUAUGGCGAAGGGGGUGUUCAGAAAGAAAAUUGGGAAUGAGGAUUAUGAGAGGCAGAGGCAGGUGGUGGAGUUGAUUCGUAGUACUGAUGCUUGGAAAAGGUCUGGCGGCAGAGAUCACGUCUUUGUGUUGACCGACCCAGUUGCGAUGUGGCAUGUUAGAGCUGAGAUAGCUCCAGCAGUUCUUCUGGUGGUUGAUUUUGGUGGUUGGUACAGGCUUGACUCAAAGGCAUCCAAUGGUAACUCCACUGAUAUGAUACAACAUACCCAAGUUUCGCUGCUUAAAGAUGUGAUUGUGCCCUACACUUACCUACUGCCUAGACUGCACUUGUCAGAGAACCAGGAUCGCCAUACUCUUCUUUACUUCAAAGGAGCCAAACAUAGGCACCGGGGUGGCUUGGUUCGUGAAAAAUUGUGGGACCUGUUGGUUAAUGAGCCUGGUGUUGUGAUGGAAGAAGGUUUCCCUAAUGCUACUGGCAGGGAACAGUCAAUAAAGGGGAUGAGAACAUCAGAAUUCUGCUUGCACCCUGCUGGUGACACACCUACUUCAUGCCGACUUUUUGAUGCCAUUCAAAGUCUUUGUAUUCCUGUGAUUGUUAGUGACGAUAUUGAGCUUCCAUUUGAAGGUAUGUUGGACUACAUGGAUUUUUCUGUUUUUGUAUCAGUCAAUGAUGCAUUGCAACCAAACUGGCUUGUGAGCCACCUAAAGAGCUUCUCUAAAGAACAGAGGGAUGCAUUCCGCCGCAAUAUGGCUCAUGUUCAGCCUAUUUUUGAGUAUGAUAACGGCCAUCUGGGUGGUAUUGGACCAAUUCCUCUAGAUGGUGCAGUGAACCACAUUUGGAAAAUGGUUCACCAAAAAGUACCCAUGAUUAAGGAAGCUAUUAUUCGAGAGAAGAGAAAACCCAAAGGUGUAUCAGUUCCUCUUCGAUGUCAUUGUACAUGAAUCGUCAAGGCUAAUCUACCUUAAUUUCUUUUCUUUCCUUGUAAUGCAAAGAGAUUUUAACUACAAACAUCUUUUGAUGUAUCAUUAGGUCAUAGGGUUUUAUGUCACAAUAAAUUGAAAUUA